UCUCAGAACAACCUCGGCCAUCGACUGUAGCAGCAGCAAAACGCAUGCUGAGGGUGAAAAUUUUCCAUACAUAACUGGAAAAAAGCGAGAGGAAGGUGAAUUCAGUGUCCGUGCAGUGUGAAGCGAACGGUUCUCGGUACGUGGUGAUCGAAUAUUCUGUGAAUCAGCGCUCGGACGUGUGAAAAUCGGUGAUCAGAUCCGGCGGACGUCGGAACUCGUGUUUUGGCCCGCACGAGUUCGAUUCGCUGCUGCUGAGCCAGGAGUUAUCGAGAAGAAGAGUGUGUUGAAUCAGAGAAGCAGAAGCAAAGAAGGAAGAGGAAGAAGAAGUGAAUAGCAGUAGCAGCAGAAGUGUCGAGUCGAGUUGAACGAAGAGCUGCUCGCUCGCUGCUCUGCUGUGUGUGGUGUGUGCAAAGUGCUAAGGUGUGAGGAAGGAAAAAUUCACCUUUUUCAACAGAGGAAAAUUAAACCUGCAAACGGAAGGAUUUUGUGGAUAAAACCUAACGAUGUCGACGCUGCACUUCGUGGUGCAUCCGCUGCCCGGAACGGAGGAUCAAUUAAAUGACAGAAUCCGUGAGGUGGCGGACAAAAUCAACAAGUACGGUGUCCAAACGCUACCGGCGCUUCAGUCGCUCAAAGUGCCCGUAAAACAGAUUGUGGUCGGUCCGGCCCAUCUCGGCGUGCUGCUCGAAGAUGGCCGUGCGUUUCGCGUAGCUUUCUCGAUCAUUCCGGAGCGGUUGGAUCUGAGCAAACAGGACGCGAACAAGACCAGCGGUGGCAAUGCGGGCGGCGGCAGCGCGGCCAGUCAGUCAAACAACAACUCCAAGAAUUCACCCGCCUCGAGGCAAUGCCGUUCGCGGGCACGAAUCAUGCGCACGAGCAGUUCGGUCCGCGGCGGAAGCAGUUCACAGGGAUCCGGAUCGCGUAGUACUGGAGUCAUCAUGGGCGGAGGCUCAUCCGGCAGUCGGUCGCUCGUUUCGGUGCCGGCUCCGUUCGUCCCGGAGGAACUGGUGACACAGGCACAGGUUGUGCUACAAGGCAAAAGCCGAAAUCUGAUCAUCCGGGAGCUGCAACGGACGAAUCUGGACGUGAACCUGGCGGUGAACAAUCUGCUCUCGCGUGAUGACGAAGGUGGUGACGACACAGAGGAAGGUAGUGACAACUACGUGGCAGAGGAUUUGAUCUCGCUGCUCGAUGGAGGCUUCCACGCCGACAACAGUGUGAUUAUUGAUGCGGAAGCGAUGUUUUCCGAGGAUAUGUUUGGAUUCUCGAACAUUCGGAAUUUGAUGUUAUACAGUCGUGCUCGCAGUGAACGAAAUCAGAACAGCUCGUCGUCGUCGGCCGCUGCUGGUGGAGGUGCAGGAGGAGGAGCAGGAGGAAGCGGUGGCAGUGCUGGCGGAGGAAGUGGCUCUGGAGGCGGCGGAGGAGGAGGAAGCUCGGGCAAUGGAGGAUCUGGUGCCGGCGGUGCAAGUGGUGACGCUGCGUCAGGCCGACAAAGUAGCGGGAGCGCCGCUGGCGUCGGUGGUUCCAGCGGGAAUGGAGUCAACGUUGCAGGUAGCAGUGUUGGCGGAUCGGUAGGAGUCGGUAGCGGUAGCAGUGGAUCCGGAGGUCUCAGCAGUGCCGAACGAGAAGGAUUUGGUCGUUGGCGAGAUAGGCAGUACUUUGGACCGCGCCGGUGGUUCCAGAGUGGCCGCGAAGACGGCUGGGACAAGGAGAGUGUUAAACUUUACUAUUCCCUAGAUCCAAAGAAGAAAGAGUUCGGAUCCGGCUAUCCACUGUGGGUUUCCGACGAACUAGAAGCGUGGCCAGAGAAAGACCAGCCCGUACGCUUCACUGAAAUCGCAUCCCUGUAUUCCGAGUUCAUCGGAGUAACCAGCAAGGGAGAAUUGCACCAAUGGCGUUGGGCUGACGUAGAACCAUAUCGAAGUAGUGAAUCGGUCAAUAUUUUCCAUCCCAAAACGGUCCCCUUGAGUCUGCUAUACGAGAAGGUAAUCCACAUCUCGGCGACUUCCAUUCGUUGCUCGGUGUCCACCGAAAGCGGUCGGAUCGCCACUUGGAUGGACGAAUUGCUUGGCUAUGCUGGAAACAAACUAGAACAUGUCGCCACCAGCUAUCCAGAGUUUGCUUUGGACAAAAUCGUAUCCUUGCAUACGUGCACUUUAUAUACGGUAGCUAGAACUGAGAGCGGCGAACUGUUCUGGUGGGGAGUUCUGCCCUUCGGACAGCGGAAACGCCUCUGGGAUAAAUACAAAGCCAAGGCGAAAAAACCGGUCAGACCAAGCGUGAACACUCCGGAGGUUACUGUCGGUGCACAGGUUUGCAUGAAGAACAGUCCCAUGUAUCAGCACGGUGCCAUCGGAUUUACGAUAUCGAACGGCGUUCCGAAGGUCGGCCAAUUGCUCAACGCGGCCUGGGAUUUGACCAAUAUCUGCCGAUUCAAGCUGCUUUCGAUGUCAACGCUAUCGCAACAGCUUGGGCUGGUAACCGGAACCGGAAAUAAUAAUGCUCCCUUGGGCAAUCUGGCUCCGGUUGUCGAGAAGGAAAAGGCUCCUAGUUCUAAUAGUGGUACCAGUUCGAAGCAGAGCUCCGGCGGAAGCAACAAGGAAACGGCAGAUCGGUUAGAUAUGCCUCCACCUCCAUCGCCGGCAUCGAGUACUUGCAGUGACACCGGCAGCGUGAGCAAUUCCCACAAACGACAAAAGCGAAUGGCCCCGAAGGACGAUUCCGACUCGAAGAAGGAUGAAGAACAGUGGUUGCUAAAGGACGUCAUCUUUGUCGAAGAUGUCCGCUCGGUUCCAAUCGGGCGAGUGCUGAAAGUGGAUGGCGACUAUGCUGCGGUCAAGUUUCCACCAUUGGUCCCGGCGGGAAGUUCCAGUGGCGCCAGUGGCAGUAGCAGUAAAGAUAAGCUUGAUGACAGUAUCGAGGCUUGGCAAGAUUGCCGGCUGCUGCGUAAAGACGAUCUGCAAGUGAUUAAAUCGGCGACCACUUCCCGAGUGCCGGACUGUUUCCAAAAAAUCCCCAGGAGGAUCGUUCUGAAUCCACAUCUGCCGAGUGGGGAAACCGGCUCGCAGCUGUUGACGAUUGCGGUCGAUUCCAAGGGUAUCCAUGCCAUCAUGAGGACCGGAAGCAAGCUGCACUAUUGCUUGUUCAACUUGAACACCGGACGCCAGGAGCAGGACAGCAUUUUCCCAACGGAUAUUGCGUCCUUUUUGGGAAGUUCGCCGUCGAACGUUUCGUUGACCUGUGCGGGCGAUUGUUCGGACAGUGUGUUGCUAUUACGCGACGGAAAUAAUACCAUCUACCCGAUGUCCAAGGAUUGCGUCGAUGCCAUAAGAGAUCCUACGUGGCUGGACUUGCCACCUAUCAAAUGUAUUGCUGCUGCUUCGUUGACGCUUCCUUCGGUUGGGGUAAAUUUGAAAUCGCAGGUAUCGCUUGUGGUGCUGGCUCCGGAACAACAGCAGCUGAUGUCCCGGAUUUUGCGAUGCGAUUUGGAGGGAGUUCGUCACUUACUUGGACAGUUGGAAGGAGAGUUGAAGAGCCAGCUCGUAUCGAUAAUCUCAGAACACACCGACGGAAAUAGAAACAUUGUACAUGCCUGCAUCAGCAUGUGUUCACCAACGUCAAACAAGGACUCUGACCACGAUCCGUUGGCACAGGGUGGAUCCGGAAGUGGUUCCAAUGCAAACAAUGGCUCCGGAGGAGGUUCUGGGUCGAAUUCAGCUGCCCUGGAGUGUAUCAAUGUUAUAACCAAUAACAUGAUGGGUAAUCGUCCGGUGAGCAUCCGAGAGAUCAUGCGUCGCAGUGUCAACCGGGAAAUGGACGCUUCCAACUCCAAUAGUGCCCCGCUUCCUCCAGGAAGUGACGAAGCACCAGGCGGAUCCCUACCGGUUGUGUAUUGGCCACCGGAAUAUGACGUAGCAAGCGGAGAUGAAGACAGCCUGAGUGGUUUGAACACAUCACAUUCGCAGAAAUCAAUGAACGAAACUUACAUUUCGGAUCCCAAUGAACGUCGUGCAAAUGCUCUUCAGAUCGUACAACUACUCUGUGAAAGUCCCAUUUUGCAGCCCUAUCUAAGACAAUUGUUGAGCGCGAAAGACGCCCAAGGACAAACUCCGUUCAUGCUCGCCGUGACCUGUCGUGCCUAUCAGGCCGGACUAAUCGUAUUUAACGCCAUUUUGAAAAUCGCCAACGGUGACUCCACCGUGCGAGAUUCCAUGAUCUUCCCACCGGGAAGUGCUCCGGAUCAAUCACCGCUAGGAAUCCUGUGCUGUAACGAUACGUGUUCCUUCACGUGGACCGGAGCAGACCACAUCAACCAGGACAUCUUCGAAUGUCGCACAUGUGGCCUUACGGGAUCACUCUGUUGCUGCACGGAAUGUGCCAAGGUAUGCCACAAAGGCCACGACUGCAAGCUGAAACGUACUUCUCCGACGGCCUAUUGCGAUUGCUGGGAAAAAUGCAAAUGCAAAGCGUUGAUAGCCGGAAAUCAAACGAAACGUUACGAGCUGCUCUGUAAAAUUGCCACUGAUACCGAUUUGGUCACAAGAUUCAAUUCCCGCGGGGAAUCUAUCCUCCUGUUUCUGAUUCAAACCGUGGGUCGCCAAAUGGUUGAACAGCGUCAGUAUCGAGCCACUUCCCGGGUACGUAACUCAUCCGGAAGCGCUCGGAAAACUCCCUCCUUGGACACGGAAAGCGAUAUGCCGGAACAUGACUUGGAACCGCCUCGUUUCGCGCGGAAAGCACUGGAUCGCCUUUUGAACGAUUGGCCAGCGGUUCGCUCAAUGAUUAUGACUGGAGCCGAGCUGGAGAAACCUAUAGUCCCGAAUGCCAACCAGCAACCGUUCUACGACGACGACAAUCAGCAGGUGUAUCUGCAGUCGCAAAGCGGAACCACUCUACUGGACAAGUUCACCCACAGUUUGAUUGUCCGAUGUAGCAGUGACCCCUUGGAAAAGCUGCUCGUCACGCUGGUCAACGAACUGCAAAACGACACCAUCUCGGGACGGAUCGAGGAAGCGCAGAAAGUUGCCCGGCGUUUUGUCCGUUCGGUUGCUCGAGUAUUUGUCAUCUUCAGUAUCGAGCGUUUCCACAAUCCGGAAAAGUCCAGGAACUCUACGACACAAACCAAGCACCUACAGGCGUAUCGCCGUGUGUUCACCACCUUGUUCAAGUUUGCCAUCGAGGAACUAAUCGAGAUAUCCGAUGCGUUGAUUACGCCGGUUCGAUUGGGUGUGGUCAAACCGACGGCACCGUUUUCACUGUCGUCCAACAGUAUCGAUAGCACUGAUGAUCUAUUCUCCGUGGAACCGCUGGCUCCUCCAACGAAUCGCACCGUAAACAUAGCUGAUAUCUCCACCACCAGCUCGCGUGGUGAUGUAACCGAGAACGAGCGUAGUUCGAACUCUGGUUUUAUGUCCCGAAUCAACCUGCGUCUGCGCGACAUUGAGGACAACAACGACGUGGAUGCGAUGGCCCAAGACGACGGAGAGACAUCCGAGCAGGAGGAGAUGUCCGAACGGGAACAACCUCCUCCGAGGAGAAGUUCCAGCGUUCGGGCCGUUUCGAAUUCGGUGCCCAUCAAUGCCAAUGAGGAAGAGUCGCAGGAUCCCCUGCGAAACGAAGAGGCUGCCCAAGGCGAAAGUGAUACGGAGUUUAACUUCCACGAGGCAGAGACGGAGUCAGAUUCGGAUGAUAACCAGAGUACGCAGGAUGCCCAGCGAAGCGUCCAGACGGGAGCCACCGCCGGGUCGGACACAGGUCAUGCGUGGAUGUUCGAAAACGAAGACGACUCCGGUGACUCGAGCCAACCGGAUGACGAAGGUUCCGAGGACGGCGAAAGUGACGACCACUCUCACGAGGACUUUAGCUUGGCAGAUGAACAGCUGGAACGUAGACAAACGUCCGGAGGAAAUCAGCGGACAAAUCUUGCGCCACAGUCGAUGCAGUGGGCCAUCCGUAGCCGGGAAACCACCGGUCCGGAACGAGUCCGACUAACAACCGGUGGAUCAAAUUUGGUGUUCAUCGAUCCGAAUGCAUUGCGCCGUACAACGGCUGCUAGUGCCGCAGUAUCUGCCGCUCAACAGCAGGAAUCUCCAACGAUGACGACCACGGCCAGCGCUUUAGCACGCGCAUUCGGAAUUGUGCUAAGACAGAUUUCCGACUUGAUUGGAAUGCUACCGACCAGCUUCUCUGGAUCAUCGUCAGCGCUAGAUGUGACCCACCAGGAGGCGGUUCAGUUACAGAUGUACGUCGAGAAACGUCUCAAACCGACCUGGGAUUGGAUUCUGACGGUGAUGGAAGCUACGGAAGCACAACUUAGAUUCGGAGCCUCGCUCACCGAUUCCACAGAUCCGACACAUCCGCUGCAUCCCCUCAAUACACCGAGCACAUCGUCCUCCAGCAACAACAAUCCCACCUCAUCCGGAGGUGUGAUGGGUGUCCUUGCAGGCAGUAGAAAUCGUACCACAAUCACCACCCUCGGCGCAACCACCGCGCGAAGUCUCGGAUUUAGCGAUAGCACCAAUAACGAGAGAAGCUCGCGCGAUGGUGGUUCAUCGUCGGAUGCCGCUUCGAGUCGUCGCGAUUUCCUGACCUACUGUCUGUCGUUGAUGCGUGCCCACAAUUCGGAACAUCGUGAUUUCCUGCCGGUGCUGGAUGUGACGGCACUUCGCCAUGUCGCUUACGUACUGGACGCCAUCCUGUUUUACAUGCGUGCAACGAACGACUGCGACAUUGAUCGCACCACGACGGGUUCCAACGUUUGGGACGACCAGGAUGAGAAUGAAAACGAAGACGCCGAGGAGGACAUUUCCACCUCAAUCGUGAUGGACACCGAUUCGGUGGAUGACGACCUGAUGCGACCUUCUCUGGGUCGUCGUCAUUCGUUCUUCCAGCGGUCCGAUUCAACGCUCUGUCUUGGGUGUCCGGCACCGGAUCCGUUCAACAGUCCUCUGGCGGAGGCUUUGCCUUUGGCCGAUCAGCCACAUCUGCUGCAACCCAACGCUCGGCGAGAGGAAUUGUUCGGCAUGCCAAAGCGUCCCAUAACCCUUUCGCAGAACUCGCAACCUGGCGAGUCCAAUGUUAAUCUGGAGGUUCCACCGGUCAGAUUGAGCUUGUCAUCGACAAAUCGGAAUGACAGUUUCAGCUCUUCUUCCGGCAGUUCCACUUUGAAUUCCAGCAAUGUCGAGACCGUCGCAAUGGAAAUUUACCAAGAUGAAAACUCCCAGGAAAAUAAACCUUCAGGAUCUGGCAGCAAUGCGGUGGAAAUCUCCAUUCCGGUCAGCAUCUACCAGGAUUCCAAACAGCACAAAACGACGAUUGUGGUCAAGCCAAGCGGCGAAGCCAUUUCACCCAUCAAGGAGAUCACCGUUGGUUCGGAAGUAGAACCAAAAGCAGGUCCAUCGUGUGAGCAGUCGCAAUCGCCGAAGCCUCCGCCACCUCCACCACCGAUCGCUUCCGGAUCCGGAUCCGGGGACAACUACUACAAGAAAAAUCGCCUGUUCUACAUCAAGAACAAAUACAACGAAGAGUCCGACGUGGAGGUCGAUGAGGUUAGUAUCAGCUCGGAUGAACCGCAGGAUUUGUCACAGUCACUAAUCAAAAUUGACGUGGACACCGAUCAGGAUCACGACGAACUGUCCGAGUCGGACUCGGAGGACGGACCCCAACUGUUGGUCAAGCGGCAAAAACUCGACGAAGAGGGCGCAAUCAAUGACGACGGAUCGCUGGUCGUUGGCCAACCGCAGGACGCAACUGCUUCAUCGAUUCGCCCACCGAUCAUCGUGACCAGACGGAAGGUGUCCAUCGAAGCGGCCCAGCAAGGCGGAAGCGGUUCCGAAGGAUCGUCAGCUAUCGUUACGGCGCAGGGAAGCUCUGGAACUCUCACCGAUCAGCAGCAGGGAACAAUUACGUCCUUUGUGACGUAUACCACUUCCGGAAGCCAGGUCACCGUAUCGACGGGAUCCGCAGCCAGCGGUUCGCCCGGAAAGAGCGUCAUCGUACGAGCUGGACCUUCAUCGUCCUUUUCGCCAUCGGCCAGUGCCAGCGCGGCUGAGGUGAUUCAGCAUGCCGAAGCGAUGGACCUUCAGGAGAUAUCCGCUCACGUAACGGUUGAAACCACCCCGAACGUUCAACAAACAGUGCAACCGGAACUGCCACCGCGUGGAAUCUAUCUCCGUUCGGGCAACAGUCAGGGUCCGCUAAAUUCUUCGAUUCUUUCGGAUAUUCUGCUCGGCCGUUGGCGUUUGUCGUUGAUUCUGUUCGGCAGGGUGUUCUUGGAAGACGUAGGUGUCGAACCGGGUAGUGUUAUCUAUGAACUAAACGGAUUCCCUGUGAAAGAGGCUAAAUUUAGACGCUAUAUGGAAAAGCUGAGGAACGCUCAACAGAAAGAUCUCACAUUGUCCAAAAUGGAGCGCAAUAGGGCGGCUUUGUUGACGCAAACUUUCAAAGAACUGAACACCCAUUACAACAACCGAAGACUUCAAUCGCCGUUGGCUUUCUCACGGGUGAAAGUAACCUUCAAAGACGAACCAGGUGAAGGUUCCGGCGUGGCCCGAAGUUUCUACACAUCGAUAGCGGAAGCUCUGUUAGCGAACGAAAAGCUGCCCAAUUUGGACGCGGCACAAUCCGGAUCUGCUAAGUACACUUCAGUUCCGUUCAACACCAUGAUGCAACGUAGUCGCGGAACAAGCAGUAGCGGCAGUGGAAGCGGUACUUCCGGUGCCGGCGGAAGCAGUAGUGCUAGUAGGGAUUCGAAUGUUAGACGGGGACUUUCCAGCAAACAACCACUCUGGAGGCCGAAUCGUGAAUCUCGCAAAACGCUCAACUACGACGCUAGACCGUUCCGACCAGCGAGCGAACAGGUGCAAGGAUCUGCCGGCGGAGUUGGUGGUAACAACAGCCCACCUUUCCUGCACAUCAACGAUAGUCUACCGGCGCAUCAACAGCAGCUGGGUGAACGGUUAUAUCCCAAAGUACAAGCUCUGUAUCAGAACAACGCCCCCAAAAUCACCGGAAUGCUGUUGGAUCUCCCAGCAACGCAAAUCCUAAUGCUCCUUGCUUCGGAGGAAAGCCUUCGACAGAAAGCCAAUGAGGCGCUGGAAAUUAUUCUCAGCCGACAGCGGCUCGAAAUAGAUAAUCUCAGCGUAGGUGGAGGAUCGUCCUCUUCGGGGACGGCCGGCGGAAGUUCUGUAGAUCAGCAGGCGGGUAGCAGCUCCGGUUACUCGAGUGCCGGCUUGUCCAAGAAGAGCGGCCCGGUGCUGAUCUUGGAAGAUUGUCAAUUGGAUGCUCCGCUGUUCUACUCGCCCGGAAAGCGCGGAUUCUACAGCCCUCGGCAGGGUUACCCAUCGAGCGAACGAUUGAACGCAUUUAGGAAUGUCGGAAGAUUGAUUGGCCUUUGCCUGUUGCAAAACGAGCUGUUCCCGUUGUUCCUGCAACGUCACGUACUGAAGCACAUCCUCGGUCGUCACAUCCGUUUCCACGAUCUGGCGUUCUUCGAUCCGGUCGUGUACGAUUCCCUGCGGCAGCUGGUCAAGGAUUCGCACACCAAGAGUGGCAUCAGCAUUCUGCAGAGUUUGGAGUUGAACUUUGUUAUCGAUCUUAUCCCGGAGGAGGGCUCGGGUUCGGUGGAGAUUGCGCCCGGUGGCCGAGACAUCCAGGUGAACGAAACCAAUGUGUUCGAUUACGUGCGGAAGUACGCCGAGUAUCGUAUGAUCAAGACGCAGGAGAAGGCAUUGGAUGCGAUACGGUCGGGUGUGUUUGAUGUGCUCCCGGAUACGGCACUGGACCAACUGACGGCGGAGGAUCUGCGGCUGCUGUUGAAUGGCGUUGGUGAUAUUCACGUCGGUACAUUGAUCUCAUACACUUCGUUCAACGACGAAUCGAACGAAAGCAGUGACAAGUUGCUGAAGUUCAAACGGUGGCUCUGGAGCGUCGUGGAAAAGAUGAGCAACCUGGAGCGGCAAGAUUUGGUCUACUUCUGGACCGGAUCGCCUGCCCUGCCCGCCUCCGAAGACGGCUUCCAGCCGAUGCCAUCGGUUACGAUUAGACCGGCCGACGACGCCCAUCUCCCCACGGCGAACACCUGCAUCUCCCGGCUGUACAUCCCGCUCUACUCCAGCAAGGCGGUUCUCCGACAUAAGCUGCUACUGGCGAUAAAAACGAAAAACUUUGGAUUCGUUUAAGAGAUGAUUGCCCCUUUCGAAUCAUCAAGAGAAUGGAGACUAAACACCACGCCCCCUCAGCACCUAUUUAGCCUGUUGUACCAAAUUGUUGUUUGGACCAGUGAUAUAUGAAGAAGAAACAGAAAGAGAUAACUAUAGCCAACCCCCCUAAGAAGUGUGCACGCACGAUCAAUGAAAUUGACGAACGAGCUGUAUUUCCGUAUACAACUUUUCAUUCCGCUUCUUUUGUAUGUAAAUAGAUAUAUUCGGUUGAUUGGCGUUUGAUUUGCAAAUUAAAAACCUACGUUUUACUGAAACUCCGCUUUUGCAGUUGCGAUUUGUCGUGUAAAAUACAUAAAACUCAAGCAAAGAUACACCCUCGGUGAUUAUAUAUUAGACUAACACGAUACUCGGAGAACGGAGAGAAACAAUGGGCGAAGAGCAGUUCUACCAACCUUGUGGAAGCAAGCAAAAAAGCAGUAAUAAGACACGCGUUCACUUAGUUGUGCGUCUCUGGCCUCCUGGAGUUGCCUCCGGGGCGAGUCGAAGCAAAGCAGCAUAAAAGCUACUCAAUGAUGUGUCGCGUUUUAAUGUGAUUGAAUCAUUUAUAUAUUCGAUAUAAAUGCAUCUUUAAGUAAAUUUAUAUAUAUUUAUCAUAUACAAGGAUACACAAUUACUAUUACUACAACUAAACUACUAUUACCACUAUCCUAAGCGCAAAGAUCUUUAUCAAAAUCACCGCUAACUAGACAGGCAGACAUCGUAGAUAGAAUUACAUAGGUUCAGUUCUAAUGUUAAAUUAGCAAUCGAAUUAUGAGACCACAGAAAGUAAAGAGGGUGUGCUGAUAGGGGAUGCAGCAGCCACAACGCUGACCAACUCAGGCGAACGCGUUUCCGGAAGAGUUUUACCACUGGGCCAAGUGCGUACGGCUCUCUCCGAAUUGUAUUGACCCCAACAUUGUAGCUUGAGAAAAUAAAUCAGCAUUCAGUAGCUGCAACCUCGAUCGUAGAACCAAUUAUUUUGUUAUCAUUCUUAUUGAACGUUCUUUCUAUUAAGUUUCAACGAUAGAGCAAAACAUUUUUUUUGUUUAGUAAUUUAUAUCAUACUAUUAUUAUUAUUGUAACACGGCAUUCUUCAUUAUUUGUUGAAAAGCUUUCGGUUCUUUAUAUUCUUCUGUUUCAUUUGCAAAUUAACCAGCAAACAUCCAUAGUCUCACCUAAAACGCUGCUAAAGCACACCUACGCAGCACAUCAUACAGUCGAUGUACCUAUCUAUACCACGCAGCAGCAGACACCACGUGACACCGAGGAAGAGACGACAAGUCAGUCCUAGAGUAAUAAUCAAACGGAACUCCCCGCCCGCCCUCUGUCUGUUAACUCUCUCUCUCACACACACAACACAUGCGCACUGUACUAGAAUGGUGUUUAAUCGGAAAUGAUAUCAAACUGUUACAACUCAAAACAAGAUACAAUACAAUAAGCCAACUGAACUAUUAAUUCGUAAUUUCAAAGAAAUACAUUUUAAACACAUGUAAAACACA